AUGACCCGACGGUCAUUGAGUGCGCCGUGUGCGACACUGCGGCAUGUGGGCUGCCUGUGUGACACUGAGGUGGACGCAUCUCUGCAAGUGGAGGCUGUGGAGGCUGCGUUCUCUCUCCCCAACCCGCGAUUGCGCACGGCGAGGGCAGCGGCGCUGUUUCCUAGCUUUACGACAGGUGGUGCGGCAACCGUUUUGCAGCCUCUAGCGAAUUCACUUGUGUGCGAGAGAGAGGAAGUUCAUGAGGAACCGGUUCUUUUCGAUCGUCUUAAUGCAGCCAAUUCACAGAUCAACCUCCUGAACACCACGAAUAGACACAUGAUUGAUCGAUGCGCCGAGCUCGAAGAGGAGAACGCGUUCCUUACCCUCGCGCUGAAUCAGGCACGUGAUGAGAACCUAAAGCUGAGCGCGCGGCUGGAGCGGUAUCUUAAGGAGCGUCAUGUGGCCCAGCAGUCAAACACAGAUUUCGAGCGGUAG